AUGAGCAUCGAAACAACACAAUUGGAUAGAAUACAUCAUAGCAGUCCAUUACUGAGAAUGUUUUUCAGUUCAGGUCCUAAACUAGACCCUAUUCCAUUUCCCUAUGAAUGCACCAGCAUCGAUUUCAACACGCACAAACACCGUUUCGACGGUGCAGAUUUCAUGUAUGCAACGUUCCCUGUCUCCACAUCAUCUAAAGACGGUAACAACGGUACAAUUGCGGUACCAAAAGCACGGGUGCUGAUAGUACAUGGGUUUGAUGAGCACGCAGUAUUGUACAGUCGUCUAAUGGACAAGUUCCAUCAGGCGGGGAUCGAAUCUUUCAUAUUCGACCAGAGAGGGUCUGGUUCAACAGCGGGGAAGGCAUUAAGAGGUUUGACGGACGAAGCACACACGUUCAAGGAUCUGGACCAUUUUAUCGAGUGGAAUGUCAAGGACAAGUCUGAACGGACCCCUUUGUUUUUGUUUGGUCACUCAAUGGGUGGUGGAAUUGUGCUCAACUACGGCUGCAAUGGGACUUAUAGGGACCAAAUCGCCGGGAUCAUCUGUACGGGACCUUUAGUCACCCUGCAUCCGCAUUCAGCACCCUCCACCAUUGUGAGCGUCCUUUCGCCGUUAUUGGCCCUACUUUUGCCCCGGUUUCGCAUCGAUACGGGGCUCGACCUGGAUGCCACGACUUCAGAUCGCCAGUACCGUGAGUUUUUGAGUCGGGAUCCGUUGACGGUCCCACUGUAUGGCUCGCUGCGGCAGAUUUACGAUUUUCUGGAGCGUGGAAAAAAACUAUCGCGCGACAAACAGUACGUGGCCAAGUUUCAAACGCCUGUGCUAAUUUUCCAUGGCCAAGCCGACAAAAUCAACGAUCCGGCUGGCUCUCAAAAAUUCUACGAUCUGUGCACGGCGCAGGACAAACAAUUGAUUCUCGUGCCUGAUGCCCGCCAUUCGCUCUGUCUAGAGACAGAUUCGAUUUUCCAGGAUAUGUUUGCUACAUUACAAAAGUGGGUUUUCAAGCAUUCUACACAAGACCAAGAUCUGUAG